AUGAUAUAUAAAAGAACACAUACAAAAGUGAUAACAGCAGUAGGGGAAACAGAAAACUUUGAAGUUAGAGUUGGACUACACCAGAGGUCAGCAUUAAGCCCAUUUUUGUUUGUGAUGGUCAUGGAUGUGUUGAGUGAAGUGAUCAGGAAUGAAGAGCUCUGGGAAUUGUUGUACACCAAUGAUCUGGUGAUUAUUGCUGAAAAUGAGGAGGACAUACAGAGAACAGUUGGAGAGUGGAAGGAAUCUUUAGAGAGGGUUGGCUUAAAGAAAAAUGCCACUCAAAGUUCUAGCGACCCUAUACCCACAGUGUCUUUUAACGCUGCAAUAAACAUAAACCAACUCAUGGGAGAAGAGGGAUUACAGUGGAUGACUAAUUAA